AACUUCUAUGAAUCCAUGUCAUUAGAACCGAUAUAUUUUCCUAUUUUUAGAACGAUACCGGCCAACCGAGCCCAAUGUGAUAACUACAACUGCGAUACUGACAGGCGGUAUCGAAUGCACGAAAACUACGCCUACUACCAGGAAUGUUCUCUAAGGGAGAGAAACAAAGGAUUGUUUACUGCUGAUCAGAACCUCAACAAGCAGGAAACAGCUCGCAGUACCAGACAGAACUCGCAGGGCACCAGGCGAGGCUACGAAUGUCCAGAAGAGAGGGACUACUACCCCUACUGGCACGCCUCCCCCUGGGUGGACAUAGCAGUUUUGACCAACAACGUCUCCAGGUGCAGCUACUACCAGUCAGAGAGCCAGAACGUCAAGUCCAGGUGGGCGUGUGUCUUCCCCCUCACUGUCAUGGAGAAUAUCAAGGACAAGGUCGUUCUACCUAAUGAUGAGCAGGACUGUAAGAAAUAUGAGCUACCCAAGAACAUAGAAGGGGAGGUAAGAAAACCUGAGUGGAAGGAGAUCCCAGCACACGGAGUUGCCGCCCCUGACUGCAGGGAGACAGAGUACACACGAGACAACCACCUGGGGAACGGGUACGGAGGUCACCCGUCUAUGUACAACUGGACCAUCCCCAGCUACCUGGAGCAUGAGAGCUGUGUCCUAAGAAUCAGGUAUAAUAUUUCUACUGGAGAUUAUGAUGGCUGGACAACCAACGCCUCAUCCAAUGGCAACCCAACAAAAAUCAGCUUAAAAGAAAAAUUUGGAUUUGCUAAUGACUCGCAGGCUAAAGCCAGAGGCUAUGAGUUCAAGAACAACCCAGUGGUGAAAAUUUUUCCAGGGCUGAACUUUGGCUUGAGACUGGCUAUCAACACUGCUCAGUUUGGUCGUGUGUUUCAGGACAGGAGCCACACGUUUGCUGUACGCAAACAACCAGAGGAUCUGUCGUGUGGAAAUAUUCACAACCUGAACGUGAGAGGUAAACGCGGCAACAUCGUUCAGGUGUACCCAGGUGUGGAGUACGACUUUGUACCUAAUGACCUUGUGAUGACCGUUGGAGAUUGUAUCCACUUACAAUGGACAGGUUCUAACACCAAUCCUAACAACAAUGAUGGCCAGGGGCUAGCUGGCACUGACCGGAACAACAUAGUUCUCUUGGGACCACAGGUUUACCCCAAGAAUAAUGGCUACACUGAACCAACUUACGGCCAUUUUGGAGUCAACUACGCCAUGAGUUCUGAUAACGCUACAUUCCUGGGUUUAUCAACACAAGAUGCUCUCACUCUCGCCUUUUUAAAUCCAGGUCAGUUUCGAGGCGAGGUCUCCGAGCUGGAUGAUGCAGGGACCUACUUCAACCUUCCUCCGAGGAAAAUCACACAGAAGGGAACCUACCACUACAUGAGCACAAGGAACAACAACUUCUCUAAUCGUGAUCAGAAGGGGCGGGUAACUGUGUCGACCACAACCACUGCGUCUGCUGCUAUUGGCAAGAUGGGAGGGACACUGGCUAUUGAACCAGGAAUAGCCAAAAUGGUGGUGGAGGCAGACACCUUUGACUCACUGCAGCAAGUCAGGAUUGAAAAGAUGCCAGUUAAGGAUGGAGAGCAGGCAAUGAAAGAGGUCAAUCGUGAAUUAAAGGAGGGAGACAACUACGCCAGUGAUUUCUACAUCAUCCACCCAGAAGUUCUGGUGCCAGACGUCGGUAAAGCUGUCACGCUGGAACUUAAGCUGUCUGACAGCUCCGGCAGCGUUGAAAUUUACCACGCCAACGCAGAUUUCUCUGGCUGGUCCAAAGUCCAGGCCAGCAUAGGGGAUAGUCGCGCUACGAUUCAGGCUCGCAGCGGUGGCGUGUACGUGGCCAGGACGGAGACGAACGUUGGCAUGAUCGUGGGGCUGGUCAUUGGCUCCCUGGUGCUUGUGGUGGUGGUCGCUGGCAGCAUCUUCUACUUCAGGAGGAACCCAUCCAAGUGGCAAGCUGUCAGGACCACCUGUAGAAAUGCUAAACGAUCUACCAGCAGCAAAAUAUAAAAAAAAACAUUCCAACUUGUGUUUGCAGCAGAUCCACCAAAAGUGCUUUUAAAUGAACAAAUUUAACACAAAUUGUUUAAGUUGAUUAGCAUUUAGUACUAAAUCUCAAAACUUUGCACAAUUUAUUUGUUAGGUUUUCAUGAAAGUAUUUAUCUUUUGCUAAUAAUUUAAUAAACCAUAAUUGUAGCAUAGUUAAUUUUGUAGAGGUACUUGAAAAACUUCAAAUAAAAUGUUUCCUAUAAUUGAUUAAUAAUUUUGUCAAAGGAAAGGAUGACCAUGAACUUAUUGAGGAACCUUUAAAUUGUUUACCUUGAAUUUACUUGUUACAUACACAUUCCCUGGCAUAAUAUUUCAACGAGCCACAGCUUUAUCAAAAUGUUUUAAUUGUUUUUUAUAUUAUUUUAAUGAGGUAUUUAAUUGACUGUUUUAACUGGUUAUCCCAGUGUUAACAACCUUACUUCAACAAUUAAAAUAUCAAGUUGUUUUCUGCCAUAGUAAUAAUAAACAUUUGUUCAAAAUUGUCAGAUAUGCCUGCAUCAGAAACAAACCAGAAUCGUUUCAGUUAUCUGAUACUAGUUGUAAUUGUAUUCAUUAAAAUUAUCACACUUAACAGAAAAAGUGAUUCCUGAUAUAAGGUGAAAGAUUUCCAUUUUAGAUUCUUCUGUCUGAAAAUUCUCCAAUGUUAUUGUUAGUUAGGUAUUAUAAUGUAACAUGAACAAAUGUAUUUGUUUACCUUUUUUCAUGUUUUGAUGUUUUCAAUAUUUUGUUAAGAAAUAUUGUGUAAACUUUUUUGUUACAUUUUAUGACCCAAUUAGUUCACCACCAGGUAGAAAUGUCCAUUUUGUAAUCGACUGUGUAAGUUUAAAGUUAAUUAGUGCCUUGAAAAAUGGGAAAUCAAGUCCAGAAAGUCUCAAUAUUCCUCAGAGCCAAUACAAGUUGUAAACAUUUCAUGUCACAAAACAACUGAUCUAAACUUAGCCCUUGUCUACAAAUACAAGUCAAGCCUGUUCUUGAGCUCUGUUCUAACAAAGGGAAGGGAAAGCAUAGAUUGAGUAUAUCCAAAGUUUGUGCAGUAUUCACUAUUCUUUCAACACGUGACAUUUUUCAAGAGCACUUCUUAAAUUAAACAUGUGGUACCUGUGCUGGUCACAGGAGUUGAGGGUGCCAACAUUUUGUUCUUUGCUGUAGUACAUGUACCUGUAGUUCUAUUAUUGAAGACAGUUAUUUUUUAACUUGUAUUAUGGAUGAUUUUCAAUGAGUUUUUUCUUUACUUCUGUUGGUUCACUGUAUUAGUUAGUAUUCCUUGUGAAUACAGAGGGUUUCAUUAGUUGUAUACAACAAAUUUUUCUUUUUAUAUCGCAACAUUUACUGCUGGCAGUAAUUAAAACUUUUGUAGCACAUGUAGCAUCAGUGGUGUCAGUUGAACGAAGAUAACUAGCAAUUCAUAGAUCGCACAAAAGUUUUGAUCAGAAUGAGUUUUUUUAUUUCUCUUAAUGGAAUACAAUAUCCUGGUGAUUACCUAUUUAUACAACCAAACGGUUCCUUUAUCAUUUGAUGUUUAAAUACAUUAUCUACUAAACAAAGGAAAGUUUUAAAAUGAUGAUUAGUGUGUCAGAAUUAACCAAUCGCAGGCCAGGAACUAAAUUCAGACUGUCACGCUGAUCAAGCCAAGGACUGCUACUUCCAUCAGAUUAUUUUACACUACACUAUUUGAUGUAUUAAUUUAGAAAACCUAACAAACUCCCACACAUUUUUACAGUAAAAUAUUUUAACUUGACGAAUGAUGCCUUUGGUUCUACAUUUUUUAUU